ACUCACCUCCGCUGCACUGCAGCCGGCGGAGGGAGGACCGCCCUGGUGCUUGCUGGCUGCUGCUUGUGGCCUCAAGUGGAGGGGCCAGGGCCUCCCUGUCCAGCCCCCACCGUGCCGGGGCCUCCCUCCCCUCCACAGAGUGCAGCCUAGGUUAAUUAUAACUCUGACCUAAGUGCCCUGUGACGCCACGCCCCAGCGGCCCUGCCGGGAGACCCAGCAACCAGGUCCAUGUCUCAGCCAUGCUUCCCACCGACGCACCCCUGUCCCACCUGGGCCCCCCAGCGCUGCUGCUACUGCAGCUUCUGCUGCCCCCCACGGCUGCCUUCUUCCCCAACAUCUGGAGCCUCCUGGCUGCCCCCGGCUCCAUCACCCACCAGGACCUGACCGAGGAGGCAGCCCUCAACGUCACCCUGCAGCUCUUCCUGGAGCAGCCGCCCCUAGGUCGGCCCCCCCUUCGUCUCGAGGACUUCCUGGGCCGCACCCUCCUUGCCGACGACCUCUUUGCCGCCUACUUCGGCCCUGGGUUUCCUUCCCGGCGUUUCCGGGCAGCCUUAGGCGAGGUGUCUCGUGCCAAUGCCGCCCAGGACUUCCUGCCGACUUCCAGGAACGACCCCGACCUGCACUUUGACGCUGAGCCUGGCCGGGGGCGCACACGCCUGGUGGGGGCUCUGCGGGAGACCGUGGUGGCAGCCGGAGCCCUGGACCACACCCUGGCCCGCCAGCGCCUCGGGGCCGCUCUUCAUGCCUUGCAGGAUUUCUACAGUCACAGCAACUGGGUGGAACUGGGGAUGCAGCAGCCACACCCUCACCUCCUCUGGCCUCGGCAGGAGCUCCGGAGCCUGGCACAAGUGGACGAUCCCACCUGCUCCGACUGUGAGGAGCUGAGCUGCCCUGGGAACUUGCUGGGUGUCACACUCCUCACCUCUGGCUACUUCGGAACGCAUCCCUCCAAACCACCAGGGAAAUGUAGCCAUGGGGGCCAUUUUGACCAGAGCAGCUCCCAGCCGCCACGGGGAGGCAUCAACAAGGAUAGCACAUCCCCAGGCUUCUCCCCCCACCACAUGCUGCACCUCCAGGCUGCAAAACUGGCCCUUCUGGCCUCCAUCCAGGCCUUCAGCCUCCUACGAAACCGCCUGGGAGACAGGGGUUUCUCCAGGCUGCUGGACAUCACCCCAGCCUCCAGCCUGAGCUUCGUCCUGGAUACCACAGGCAGUAUGGGUGAGGAGAUCAACGCUGCCAAAAUCCAGGCUCGCCACAUAGUGGAGCAGCGGCGGGGCAGCCCCAUGGAGCCCUCCCACUAUGUCCUGGUGCCUUUCCACGACCCAGGCUUUGGCCCUGUGUUUAUAACCAGUGACCCUGACAGCUUCUGGCAACAACUCAAUGAGAUACACGCCUUGGGAGGUGGAGACGAGCCUGAGAUGUGCUUGUCAGCCCUGGAGCUGGCCCUGCUCCACACACCUCCACUCUCAGACAUCUUCGUCUUCACUGACGCCUCCCCCAAGGAUGCCUAUCUCACCAAUCGGGUGGAAUCUCUGACUCGGGAGCGGCGUUGCAGAGUCACAUUCCUGGUGACUGAAGAUCCAUCUCGGGUUCAGGGCCGAGCUCGGCGUGAGGUCUUGUCCCCUCUGCGUUUUGAGCCAUAUGAAGCGGUGGCCCUGGCCUCGGGUGGAGAAGUGAUCUUCACCAAAGACCAGUACAUUCAGGAUGUGGCGGCCAUUGUUGGGGACAGCAUAGCUGACCUGGUGACCCUUCCCCUGGAGCCUCCUAUUGUGGUGCCUGAGAGGCCACUGGUGUUCAGUGUGGAUGGGCUGCUCCAGAGGGUCACAGUCCGGAUCCACGGCGAGGUCAGCAGCUUCUGGAUCAGAAACCCUGCAGGAGUCUCCCAGGGCCAGGAUGAAGGUGAGGGGCCUCUAGGUCACACUCGCCACUUUGGGCAGUUCUGGAUAGUGACCAUGAAUGACCCUCUGCAGACAGGAACCUGGGAGAUCCAGGUCACAGCCAACGGCACCCCUCGUGUAAGAGUGCAAGCCCAGACCUCCCUGGACUUCCUCUUCCACUUCGGGAUCUCCAUGGAGGAUGGACCCCACCCUGGCCUCUACCCCCUGACUCAACCGGUUACAGGUCUCCAGACCCAGCUGCUGGUAGAAGUGACAGGGCUUGGUUGGAGAGGAAACCCUGGAGAUCCUCUCCCGCGUUUCUCCCACGUCGUCCUUCGAGGGGUCCCGCAGGGUGAGGAGCUGGGCCGGGUGCCUUUGGAGCCGAUGGGACCCCGGGAGCGAGGUCUCCUCACUGCUUCCCUACCACCCACGCUCCUGGCCACCUCGGGACCCUUCUCUCUGGAGCUGAUUGGCCAGGAUGGAGCGGGGCAGGGCCUGCACCGGGCAGCCCCCCAGCCCUGUGCUGUAGUUCCCGUCUUUCUGGAGCUCAGUGGUCCCCUGGGUUUCCUGGCACCGGGCACCAAGGCCCCACUCACGCUUCGCAUCGCCAGCUUCUCGGGCCCUCAGGAUCUCGAUCUUAGGACAUCCGUCAACCCCAGCUUCGCUCUCAGCUCCAACAUCUCCAGGGUUCACCUGGAACCGAAUGAGUCGGCCUGGGGGCAUCUGUGGCUGGAGGUCCCAGACUCUGCCACCCCGGACUCCAUGGUGAUGGUGACUGUGACAGCGACGACAGAUGGAGAAGCCAGCACAGCACCCCCGACCCAUGCCUUCCUCCGGCUCCUGGUGCUGGCCCCCGCUCCACAGGACCAGCUCCCUGCCCCGGUCCACUCGACUGGCCUUGUCCUCACCACUGCCGGCCCUGCCUUUCAUCCUUCAGUUUUGGUGACUCCGAGCAGGGCUGGAGGAGGGUUGGUAGGCACUCCCUGGUGGGGCACAGUUGCAGGGGUGCUACUCCUGCUAGGCCUGGCCUUCUGGUGACACAGCAGCCCCCAGAGGGCUGGGACUCCAGCAUGAUUUGCCAUCUUGCCCCACUGGUGAGAGGAUAACAUGGGCCUUAGGACCCUGCUCUCCCAGGUGGGAUGGAGGUUUUCCUUUUCAUGCACCUGUCCCUUCUCUUUCUCACUAAAAUUGGGACAUAAGACAAUGGAUUUUCCCACAAUGCACUUUCCCUAACCCUUGUGGGAACGAAACCAAACUCAUUUUUGGAGAAAGCUGCUUCCUAUUUCUCUGUAGCAUCCUUAUUCCACUACUAUUCAUGCUCCCCCAAGCUCAGGUAGAGGGGAAGAGAUGUAGGGCAGAGACUAAGACUGGGAGUGGGGGGAGGGUAGCCCACCUCCUACCAGAAAGUAUUAUUUAUAGAAUUGUUUUAACUGAAAUUCUGGAGACGCUUCUAUUUUAUUUUUGUAUUUAAAGUCAAAGGACAAUGUCAAUAAACAUGUCUUCUACUCA